AAUGGAUCCUCUUUCCCCGCGCCAAUCUACAGUAAAUACCAAGUAGUACUACUUUCUGUAUUGCGCCUCAAAUCCUCGACGCUCUUUUGUCUUAUGUCCGUCGCAACCUUGACCGUUCCGUGGAUUUCAUUUUGUAACCCGACAACAGAUAAUAGACAACGUUGAUUGUUAAUCUACCUCAUUCCAUCCCAACCCAUGCAUCCAUAUCAUACACAUCAUCUGUCAGUCCAGCGAAACUUCAAUUCAACCUUCUCUUCACAUCCAUAUUCCUCUCGUCGGUGACAAAUUUAAUUGCACUGUGCUCGACUUCCUGCGUUCUUUCUUCCACUUUGAUUCUUCCCAGUCGUUGCCGUCACCACCACGACACACCUAUUAAUACCAUUUUGCACACAACCCAUCCGUCCUUCUAGUCCUUAGCAUUCUCACAUUAACGUCUCAACCAUGUGGUAUCUGGGAAGUUGGAUAUUUCCCAUCAUCUCAGCAUCCAUGUGGCUUGGAAUGCUACUCGCCAUGUUCAUUACAUGGGAAGUCGAAGGCUCACCCCAGUACCCCAGCAUGGAAGAAGGCCAAAACAUUGCCUAUAUUUCCGACGUCGGUGCCUAUGGGCUCAAGCCAUUGUUUAUCACUGGUAGCGUCAUCACAACUGUUGCCCUUGACCUGGGCUUCAUUGCUGAACGCUGGCUUCGACACACGGGACGAUUGGUCCCCAAUACCAGCAGGGCCCAGAAAGUCCUCUCCGUUCUGUCCAUCAUAUUCGCCAUCGCUGGCUCGGCAGGCCUGAUCCUCCUCUCCAUCUUCGACACAUAUCGACACAACAGGCUCCAUAAUCUCUUCCUCCUUGUCUUCAUCGGCGGCUUCAUCCUCUCUGCCGUCUUCCUCUGCGCCGAGUAUCAACGCCUCGGUAUCCACUAUCGACAACAUCGCAUCCUUCGCAUUUCCUUUUGGGUCAAACUUGCCUUCAUCCUGGUCGAAUUGACCCUCGCCGCCGUCUUCGUUGGCACGACAUUCACACAUCAUCGGAAUGUGGCCGCCAUUUUUGAAUGGAUUGUGGCUCUAGUCUUUACCGGCUAUAUCCUCAGCUUCCUCCUCGAUCUCUUGCCGAGCAUCAACACAAAGAACCACGUCCCUCAGGGCUGGAGAGAUGCCGAUCCUGAAAAGACUCCCAACGGACAACCUUUGACCCACGAUAGCCAAGGGCCCAAUGCCGAUGGCCAGGACUUGAUCGGACAUGGCGCUUCUCGAGAUACAAGUGCUGUGAAUGAUCGUCCUCUCCAACCCCCAUCCAACGGCUCAGUCCACCUUCCUGGCUCCCAGAACCAAGGGAGAUAUUAAAGUCAAGUUCUGGGGUCGGGUCAGUUUACAUGUUUGAAUGAUUGAUUUUUCUUGUCCUCGACAUACGACAUCAAUAGAGUUUUGCAUCUUGCAUACGAGCAUGAUUUGCUUUUGCAUGGCGCUGGCGAACCAAAUCGAAACACGGAGAAAAACCAGGGCAGGGAUGCAAGACUAGAUCUUGCUGUUGGCGGCAUGGGUAUAGCGGAAUCCAGGACUGAGUACAUGUGUGGGAUUCUUGAGGCGUUGAUUACAUAAAGAUCAAAAGAAACGAUUCGGAAGGGUCAUGCAGACCAUUAAUCGACAACUGCUCGCAUACAGAGUUGAGUAGAAGAUAUUUGACAACGGGAAACCACAUGGGUCUUUAUAUUCAAAUAUCGGUAGUGUACAUAUAUGUAAGGCUGAGGCCAGGGAGUCAUCUCGUAUUUGUAUCGGGUCCAGGCCAGAUACUUGACCAGGUACCCAUGUCCCCAUCCCUACGUGCCCGUCAGCUUAAUUGCAUCAUGCUACACAUUGCCUGCGUGGCUACAUACAUUUCUAUCUAGCGUACAUGAUAUUUGCAUCAGCGCUGGAACACGAAAAAUAUCCUCGUUGCAUUCAA